AUGGGGCUGCAGUUUCUUCUCCCUACAGCACUGUUUCUUCGUUCCGGGUGGAUUUAUCCAUGUUCAGAUGAGGUAGCAGCAGUAGCAAGAGAGACAACACAGAGCUUACCGCACUAUGCUUCUAUGAACGAUGCCCAUACGCCUGACAGAACUUCGUCUAGAGCGAGCGAUGAGGAAGAGAACGGCCUUACUAGGAAAAAAUCAGACUCUCCAAGGAGCAAUCUACCUUCAUGGAAGAAAGCUUCAAAGAGCACAAUAUUCAAAGAGCACAAUACUUUCAACACUUUAAAGACGGGAGAAAAGGAAAAUAUCAUUGAAGCCACAGAGAACUUUGAUGACAAGCAUUGCAUUGGGAAAGGAAGCUAUGGAGUUUACAAAGCAACUUUAUCAACAGGUCAAGUGGUAGCUGUGAAGAAGCUUCAUCCAUUACAAGAAGAUCUUCAUCCAUUACAAGAAGAUGCUGAUGUGGUCAACCUAAAGCAUUUUACAAAUGAUAUUCAUGCAUUAACUGAAAUACGGCAUCGCAACAUUGUAAAAGUCUAUGGUUUUUGUUCACAUUCACUACACUCAUAUUUGAUUUAUGAAUAUUUUGAAAGGGGAAGUUUGGCGAAGAUCCUAGGAGAUGUGGAGAGGGCAAUAGAAUUGGAUUGGAUCAAGAGAAUAAGUGUAAUUAAAGGUGUGGCUGAUGCACUAUCUUACAUGCACCAUGAUUGUUCACUGCCAAUUAUUCAUAGAGAUGUAUCAAGUAGCAAUAUUCUGUUGGAUUUUGAGUAUGAGGCUAGUGUGUCGGAUUUUGGCAUUGCAAGGAUUUUAAUGCCCGAUUCAAGUAAUUGGACUUCUCUUGCAGGCACUUAUUGCUAUAUUGCUCCAGAGUUGGCUUAUACAAUGAGGGUGACAAAAAAGUGUGAUGUGUAUAGCUUCGGUGUGAUAACAAUAGAAACAUUAAUGGGAAGGCACCCCAGUGAGCUCCUUUCAUCUUUAUCACUAUCAUUAUUGUCAUUGUUGGUAUCAUCAUCAAAUGUGCAGACGAUGAUGUUGAAAGAUGUUUUGGAUCAACGGCUCCCUCCUCCCACGGCUGAAAUUUAUGGAGCGAUGGUUUCUAUGGUAAAAAUCGCAUUUACAUGCUUGAAUGUUGAUCCCCAAUCUCGGCCAACUAUGAAACAUGUGUCUCAGGAGCCAUCAUCUCACAAGCCAUUUUCUCUCAAGUCAUUUCACACAAUCACAUUAGGAGAAUUCUUGCAUGGAGGAAGACUUGUGUUCUCUAGUCAGUUCCCUGUUGAUGGCCAUGCCAAAGGUGGGGAUUUGUCUAGUUGA